AGUGAUUAAGUCCGCAAUCUUUUCAAUUCGCUUCAGAAAUGGGUUCUCUGGUACAGAAAUUCAGACGCACUGCCACAGAAUACGUCAAAUUUCUUCAGUUGAAAUCUGCACUCAUGACAUCGGUCGAAUGGAGUCUCUGUGAGUCCAUUCGACUUGGGGGCAUAAUAGUCUAAUUUGGUAUGUGAGGCGGAUCUUUCUGCGUAUUUCUGUUGGUCGGUUGUGUCACUUGACUUGAGGAAGGCAAAAAAAUGGAUGCACGCCCAGAAGGAAUAAUCUGACAUAAAACAAAUGUUGCACAAUCCAGAUGAACAGACGGGGUAGACAUUAACGAGAGCAAAUUACAUGCAAUAAUCCGUGGACUAGGCCGGUUACAAUUUACGGUAUAUUUUAAGAAUAACCUCGAAAACAAUUCUCGGAAAGCCAGUUGUGCACUUCAAAGCACCAUGGGCGAUGCUUAAUAACCUGCGUGACUCUUACGCACUGGGCUUCUGGAGGUCCGUCGGCGUGCACGGAUAUACGUGGCACGCCGCAAAGAAGCAGGCAGCCCCGUCCAGAGCUUGCAGCAGUCCCGCGGAGCAAUCUCGGCAGAGGACGGCGUAGCGGAGCUUUGGGGCGGCCCGUAUCGCACUGGGUCACGGUGUGGAGCGCUGUACGUGCGCGCGCAGAGCGUCAGGAAGCCCCGCGCACCCCACUCUAUCCACGCCGAUGCUGCGCUCGCGGUAGGAGUAUCCCACAAUGCCCUUGUAGCGGCGGCGCCGGAGAUGGAUGCUCCUGUCGCCGCGGCUGUGGCUUGCCACCAUCGCGACGGCUUAUGCUACCGUUUCCAGUCGGCCGCCUCCGUCUGUCCGGCAGGUCUGCGGUGCAUGUGACUGUGCGGCGCGACCGGCGAGAGCAGCCCCUGGCGCGCCGCUACCGUCCCCCGCCGGCAGCAGCUUCACCGUCGCAGCCGCUUCUUGGGCAGGGAAAGCAAGGGGCACACAGGAGGAAGGGGGUCCACUGCUAAAGCAUGGACCCCCCUGGCCAAGCUUUGCCCUUCACAGGAGGAGAGGUGCUCCCAGGCGUAUGGGAAUAGAGCCGCUUCGCUAGGGGCCACCGGCGGGGAGAUGAGCGAGCGGAACCGCGGCAGGGACGAAGCGAUGGCCGGCGGGGACACUCCGGGAGGCUUUAACGACACCGACGAGUCCGUGGAGGAGAAGCUGAAGGGUCUGGUGUUUCGGAAGCAGACAUCCUACAGGAAGGCCAUAUCGCGGUCCGGUCUGCAGCAUCUGGGUCCCAUCCAAAGCCCCCCCCUGAGCAACGGGCCGACCAAGGAGCUUCGCACCGCCGUGGACUGGAGUGAGACGGCGGUGAAUGGUGAGCACUUGUGGCUGGAGACCAACUGCUCAGGAGAGCUGUGUUACCUGGGAGAGGAGACAUGCGUGGUGAAGAUCUCAAAGUCAGCACCCCGGAGGAAAUGUGCAGCGUGCAAGAUAGUGGUGCACACAGCCUGCAUGGAGCAGCUGGAGCAGAUCAACUUCCGCUGCAAGCCCACCUUUCGUGAGGGGGGGUCUCGCUACACACUGCGGGACCAGAACACCCUGCGCCACCACUGGGUCCAUCGGCGCCGCCAAGAGGGCAAGUGCCGUCAGUGCGGGAAGGGGUUUCUCCAGAAACUGUUCCACAGCAAGGAGAUCGUGGCCAUUAGUUGCUCCUGGUGCAAGCAGGCAUUCCAUAACAAGGUGACGUGCUUCAUGCUGCAGCAGAUCGAGGAGCCGUGCUCCAUGGGCGCCCACGCCGGCGUCAUCGUGCCACCCUCCUGGAUCGUCAAAGUCAGGAAGCCACAGAGCUCUUUUAAAAACUCGAGCCGAAGGAAAAAACGGACAUCAUUCAAACGAAGGACCAGCAAAAAGGGAACUGAUGACUCCAAGUGGCGCCCGUUCAUAAUCAAGCCCCUGCCCUCUCCGCUCGUAAAACCCGUGCUGGUGUUCGUCAACCCCAAGAGCGGCGGGAACCAGGGCACCAAAGUGCUACAGAUGUUCAUGUGGAUUCUGAACCCCCGGCAGGUGUUUGAUCUCUCUCAGGGGGGGCCCCGGGAGGCGCUGGAGCUGUACAGAAAAGUGCCGAAUCUCCGAAUCCUGGCGUGCGGGGGUGAUGGCACGGUGGGCUGGAUCCUUUCAGCCCUCGAUGAGCUUCAGAUGAACCCACAGCCCCCCGUUGCUGUUCUUCCUCUCGGGACAGGAAAUGACCUGGCACGCACCCUGAACUGGGGAGGGGGCUACACGGACGAGCCAGUGUCUAAGAUCCUGUGUCAGGUGGAGGAGGGUACGGUGGUGCAGCUGGAUCGCUGGAACCUCCAGGUGGAGAGGAAGCUCUCCCCAGGAGACGAGGGCUCUCAGAAGCUGCCGCUGAAUGUCUUCAAUAACUACUUCAGCUUGGGGUUCGACGCUCACGUCACCCUGGAAUUCCACGAGUCCCGAGAGGCCAACCCUGAAAAAUUCAACAGCCGUUUCCGCAACAAGAUGUUCUACGCAGGGGCUGCCUUCACCGACUUCCUGCAGAGGAGCUCCAGGGACCUGGCCAAGCACGUCCGUGUGGUGUGUGAUGGAACGGACCUCACCCCCAAGAUCCAGGAGCUGAAGUUCCAAUGCAUCGUGUUCUUGAACAUUCCCAGGUACUGUGCGGGUACUAUGCCGUGGGGUAAUACCGGUGACCACCGUGAGUUUGAGCCUCAGCGGCAUGACGACGGCUGCAUCGAAGUCAUCGGCUUCACCAUGGCCUCUCUGGCGGCGCUCCAGGUGGGCGGGCACGGUGAGCGGCUGCACCAAUGUCGGGAGGUGACUCUCACCACUUUCAAGACGAUGCCGGUGCAGGUGGAUGGGGAGCCAUGCAGACUGGCCCCAUCCACCCUUCGCAUCUCGCUCAGGAACCAAGCCAACAUGGUGCAGAAGAGCAAGAGGAGGACCUCUGUCCCUCUGCUCAACGACAUUCAGAAAGUGUGUGCCGCCGACCUCCGUCGUCUCUCCGCUCCCCCUGACUCCUUCUCCAUCCCCCACGCCGUCCCAGACCGCCUGCGUCUCCGGGUGAACCGGAUAAGUCUGCAGGAAUACGAGAAGCUGCAGUUUGACAAGGAGCGACUGCGAGACAUCUCUGCACCGGUCGGCAUCGUCGUGGUGAGAGGAGACUGCGACCUGGAGACCUGCAGGCUCUACAUUGACCGACUGCAGGAGGACCUCCACCAAGCUCCCCCAAGCGUCCACCGGGUACACUACCAGGAUGAGUCCCGAAGCCUGGUCCGGCCCGGCUCCGCCCAUAGACUUUCCUCCAACUGGAGCUUCCUGGAUUCAACGUCUGCCGACCGUUUCUAUCGCAUUGACAAGGCUCAGGAGCACCUGCACUUUGUGACAGAGAUCUGUCAAGACGAGGUCUUCAUCUUGGACCAUGAGGCCCCGGGUGUGGGCCAGGUUGGUGGCCCGGGAAUGCCGGACCUUGUAGUGGAACCAAGCGGCUUUUUUUCUCCUCCUCCCAGAACACCGCUGACGACUGAAGAACAAGCCCUGCUCACAGCAGCCUCCUGCGGAGACCUGCCAAAGUUUUCCAGCUCCUGGAGCAGUGGGGUCAGUCUGCUGGUGAGGGACUCGGGGGGCUGCUCUGCGCUUCACAUAGCCGCCCAGAACGGACACGCUGCAGUCAUUGGCUUCAUCCUGGAGCACGGUUCCAAGAUUAUCCUGGAUUUAAUUGACAGUGAAACGGGAGAAACAGCUUUGCACAAAGGAGCUUCCCAGCGAAAGCACACUGUGUGCCGCAUGCUAGUCGAUGCUGGAGCCUCACUCACUAAGGUGAACUUCCAGGGCAAGACACCCAAAGACAAGGCUCUUGAAUCCGGGGACAUGGAGCUGGCCUCUUACCUUGACGGCAGACAGCAGUAUAAGUGCAUCACCCGCGAGGACCUGGAGACGGCAGUAUGAGGGAGUAACCUCUUCUCUCCCUGGAGGGAGAGCAGGCGAGAUCAGUCCCGCCAGAGAUCGACGCAGCUCGCUGGAGAACUGGAACGGGGGGGGGGCACUGUGGUGUGGAGUACUUUAGCCCUCUCCACCCCAAAAACGGGCCAGCCGUCUAGAAGAGGCCUGUGCAACGCUGGCGAUCAGUUUGAUUCCUUCCGUUGGCGCCGCUGUGGCGGGAUCACUUCUGACGUUUAUUUAUUUAUUUAUUUAUUGCUUUAUUUAUUGAACGUCUGGCUGUAGCAGCGCCUGUGGAGGCUGUCGAUAGGAGCGGUGACACCGUAAGGUUGUAGACCCAUGAACACUCUGGGUCUCGGAGCAGCAGUUGGGAGCUCGUGACAGGAGAGCGUGGUCCUUAUUUAACGGGACAUUCUGUAGAUGUGGUAACUGAUAUAUCGGAGUUUUCCUAUCGGACUCUGUGUGUCUUUGAACACUCUGUAGGGCUAGGACCCUCUUCCAAUGUUAACACUACCACGUAGUGUCCUGCCACAUUAUAGAUAUUAUAUCGUAUGGCACUACAUUAUUAAUUAAUCUGCUGUGCUGACCCCAUCAAUCCCACAGGGCAGCCCGUUAGUAAUGUCAGUGACGCCGAGGACCUCACAGAACAUUCACCCGGCCAGCCUCCCAGCUUGCUUUUACCUGUGAUCUAUCUUAUUGUCCUGUGAUUCAAAUUUUUGCUCUGACCCGAUUGACACUCAACACCGCAUUUGAUGGGUCCAAGGUUCGUGGGUCGAGGCUUAGGCCAGCCUUGAACAUUCCAUUAUGGUAUAUUUUUAAAUAAUUUUGACAGGAUUUUGAGGUCUUUUGAGAUGUGAGCAGUAUGACACACUGGGAGCUUGUAUUUUUGGGUUGGAAAUAUACAAAUAUAUACAUAUAUAACAUAUAUAAAAAACUUUUUUUCCCCAAUUUAGUUGCAUGUCUGACAGUGUGCUUAUAUUACUGGAUGAAUGUUACUGAACAGAUGCUAUUGAAUGUUUGUUACUGAAUGAAUGUUACUGAACAGAUGCUAUUGGAUGUUUGUAACUGAAUGAAUGUUACUGAACAGAUGCUAUUGGAUGUUUGUUACGGAAUGAACGUUACAGAAUUAAUUUUGCCUGGAUGUCUGUUACUGAACGAAUGUUACUGGAUGAAUGUUCUUCCUCCUGCUGACUUGUUCUUGCCUGCCCAUGUUUGGCUAGAUAUUAAGUUUUCUUCCUUUGGAGUGUACAGCACCAUCCUCCCUUCUCCGUGCACUUAAGCCUGCUGUUUGUCACCAAAGGGGUGUUUUGGGAGGGGGGGGGUCUCUACAACUGCUCCAUUGUGUUUGAGAGAUGUUCUCUACGCUCCACCAGAGGCUUCAGAGACUGAGUUCAGCCCCUGGAAUAGACUGUACGUUCUCUUUCCGUGGGACACUAAAGAGGCCAGACACCUCCCUGGAUAAACUUUUGAUGUUUUUGUUCCGAUCUUUUCGAAAGACAAAAACUCGGCCCCGUCUUUUAGCCAAGUCUGCCCAGAAGGUAUUUAUUCUCUAUAUUAAUUUUAUGGUGUGUAGUGUUGUUAUUGUGCUUAUUAAUAUUAAGGGGAAAAAAAGAAAAAAUCUGAGCCAUAUUCAAUGCAAUAUGAGAGAACGAAAAUUGUGCAUUUAUGUAUUUAUGAUUCUGGAUUUUUUUUUUUUUUUACAUUACAUUAAUGUUUUAAGGUGGUUGUUUGAAACACCACUAAGCUUUGUGGUGGAGUGUAUAUUUUUUAACCAGUGAAAGUGGGUGUUUUUCUGUUUUGUUUGUAUAUUUUGACUUUUUUUCUUUUAUUUCUCUUUCCUUUGACUUAUUUUAUCAACCAAGGGGAUACCAGUUGCGAUGCGUUGAAGUCAAUCAGCUUGUAGAAAGCUUUCUGGACGAUGUGUUCAUUUGACCGGUUGGUGUAUUUAUUGCGCAUCCAAAAUGAAAUCAAAAUGUGUCUUUCGAGUAGAUGAUUUCAACCACUUACCACAAACAUUUGCAUGACAUAUACACUCAAGUGUGUCGACUUUUUAUCAUGCUUGAGGGUAUGUUUGCACCCAGUGAAGUCCACUGGAAUCUGAGUUACGUAAAUAUGUGUAAAGAUACAAUAUAUUAUUUUCUAUAUUUUUGUGUUUUAUAAACAUUGUUCUGCAUGGGUAUUUUUGAUAACUAAGGUUCUCUUCCUCCCAUGAAAGUGGCAUUAUGAAGUGUAUCUACUGUUAGUACUCACCUUGGUUGUGGUUUAAUAUUUUAACCAUUGAAUUGAGAUUUGGUUUUGUGUAUUUUAAAUUAUGGAAUUACUUGAAUGGUUAAUAUGUUAUGAUAGAUUAUAUUUUAGGUAUGAUCCUGUUUGCCGUAUCAACCCCAUAUUGCGUAUUCGCGGUAUAAUGGAAGUCCGGACACAUCUGCAUAGUGACCGCUGCCUCUCAAACAAACAUGUAACAGACUAUUUUGUUUUUCCCUUCGGUUCACUUGAUGGCUACGUGAUAAAUUUGGACUCGGUAAGAAUCCCUUAGCUACAGAUAUUCAAGAAACUUGUUUGUUGACAGAAUUUGUAAGCCAGGUUUUAUGUUUUUACUGUAGGAUACCUGGGGAUGUGCAUCCCUCUAGAUUUAUAUAUUUAUCAUAACAAAUUCAUCUCAAGGGGAGUCUGUAGUGCCAAAUAUACAACGUUUAAAUGUUUCAUAUGUUUCUGAGUGCAGUAAUUGAAAUAUACUCACGAUGGCAACACACAUUGGAUUUACUUUAAAAAAAAAAAUUCAUUUGUAUAAAUACAGAUGGGAUCUGCUUGA